GUUCUCUUACAGUAUCCCAGAGAAGCAGGAAAAGAAGACAGAAAAACUCAAUCAGGAAAAUCUCAGUCUCACUUCAUCUUCUUGGUCCUUUGCAGAUCUGAAUGUGCAGUAUAGAGGAAUAGUAGUUGAUUGCUUCUGCUAUCACCAUUUGCCACCUUGCAAUUGCUUUAGAAUUUAACUUAUUGUUUCUCCUUUUAUUAUCUGACUUUGAUCUGUUAAAGUAGCAUUUGCUGCAUUUAUUCCUACCACUGAGAACUGGUAAUAAAGGUUCUGAUGGUUUGCUGAUGUUCUUUUGUGGAUUUUUGCUUCUCAGUUAGCUGUUUAAUCAUGGAUUUCAGCAAUAUGGAUCGUGGACAGAUUACCCUUUUAGGGUGCGCGUUCUGUGUGCUGCUUACACUGCUCUUUACAGUGCAGCUCCUAUCACAGCAUCUGUUUUACUGGAAAAAUCCAAAGGAACAGAAGGCCAUAAUAAUUAUUAUCCUAAUGGCUCCCAUAUAUGCUGUUGAUUCCUUUGUGGGUUUGUUGAAUUUCCAGGGGAGUGAAGCAUUCUUCACUUUUUUGGAUUCAGUUAAGGAAUGUUAUGAGGCCUUGGUAAUUGCCAAGUUCUUGUCAUUGCUGUAUAGUUACCUGAAAAUAUCCAUUAGCAAAAAUAUUGUGCCUGAUGAGGUCAAAGGAAGAGAAAUUCACCAUGCCUUCCCAAUGACACUUUUUGUGCCUCACACGGUGCGGCUAGACCACCGUAAUUUAGUAGUGCUCAAAAACUGGACAUGGCAAUUUGUCAUCAUUCGCCCAACAUGUUCGAUCUUGAUGAUAACUCUGCAAAUGCUUGGCAUUUACCCGAAUUGGUUGAGUUGGAUAUUCACCAUUAUCCUCAACAUUUCCGUUUCACUGGCUUUGUAUUCUCUGCUAGUGUUUUACCAUGUAUUUGCAAAAGAGUUGGCACCACACAAGCCUCUUGCAAAGUUCUUAUGCAUCAAAGGGGUUGUCUUCUUUUGCUUUUGGCAGGGAAUAGUGCUUGACAUGCUUGUUUCGAUGGGCAUCAUUCGGCCUAAUCAUUUUUGGUUGGAUGUGGAGCACCUUGAAGAAGCUUAUCAGAAUGUCUUGGUAAUUUUGGAGAUGGUUGUCUUCUCUGUUCUCCAACGGUAUGCAUACCAUGUUGCACCUUAUAGUGGAGAAGUUGAUACAAAGAUGCUUAAGAAAAGUGAAUGAUAUGACCGGAAUUCUAGACCAUGGAGGGCACAUGCUAGAAAAUGCACUUCCAUAGGUCUGCUCUAUACUUUAAUGGAGUAUGAAGUGUCUACCUUUGUUAAUUAUGUUGUGCCCUUUUUUCUCCCAUUUCUCUCAUGGCAAUGUUGCUGUGUUGUCUGUUAUGGACAAAUUUGCUCAUUUUCAUAAAUAAAGUUUUCUUCUGCCUACCACAGAAACUAAUUCUAGUAAAAUGUCGAUACUGUAUCUGGUCUCACAUGCUUUCUUGGUUCUCUUUAAUGCAAUAUAACUUUGAGACAGCCUGCGAGUAGGUUUGUUUGAAA